AUGUCAGGAACUUUCUCAUCCGUGCCAAUAGUCGAUGUCGCUCGCUUAAGCGAUCCUGCAACAAAGGCUGCAGAGCUCGCCAAGCUGCGUGAGGCGAUAUUCAUUGUCGGGUUUCUGUACUUGAUCAAUACGGGAUUAGAGGAUCUCAUUCAUCAAACUCAUGAAGAUCUACCAAAGCUCUUUUCCUUGCCUCAAGAGACCAAGGAGAGAUGCAAUAUGAUCAACUCGCCCUCUUUCUUGGGCUAUACCCGUCUGGGUGCCGAGACCACGGCGGCGCAGACAGAUCUUCGUGAGUAUCCGGAUCAUCCUGGCGCCCAAAGUAUUGUUGACGGCUACGUCGCCAAGAUCGAUGAUUUGGCUCAACGAUUUGUACGCCUUGUGGCAGAAAGCCUUUCUCUCCCCGUCGACACCUUCGAUAGCUUCAAGGGAAACAUGAGCAGAUUGAAAUUUGUCAAGUAUCCGCCCGCCGCGAAGAAUUCGCAGGGCGUUGGUCCUCACAAAGAUUCAGCCGGUCUCUUCACUUUCUUAUCACAAGAUAACACAGGGGGUUUACAGGUGCUGAACAAGAAUGGGGCAUGGAUUGAUGUUGCUCCUAUCGAGGGAAGUUUAGUAGUCAAUAUCCAACAAGGCUUCGAGGCCAUCACCGGAGGCAUUUGCGCAGCCACAACACACCGAGUCAUUGCGCCAACCUCUCAGACCCGUUACAGUAUCCCCUUUUUCCUCGGAGUCAGACUGGACCUUACACUUGACCAACUCCGAGAGUCAGCUGCGCAUAUUGUUGAACGAAUUCCGGUUUCCGAUGACAAGAAGAAACGGGCGGUGGAUGUGCCGAGUGAAUUUCUUUCACCCUUGUAUUCCUGUGUGAGUAGUAUUCUGGAGCCCCGUCCAUGGGGAUCACUAACAGGCGCAGUUCGGUGA